GCGAUUUCACACACCGCAAUUUAAAACAUACCCUCUACAUUACACACUCACAUAUUCACCACCAACAAAUGAACAUCACCAUGAACACCCUAUGAACUUUACGAGAGACGAACGAUUCUAAUCACCGGCCACCUACCAACUAAGACGACCACUAAACAACAACUGCUUAAUUAUUAACACGACUCUGUGAAGAUUGCGAACCGAAGACAAACACAGCAUGGCUGCAGUCAGUAGAUACAGUUCCUACAACUGCCUAACGGGCUGGGACAGUUACGAUAAGAUACCCAGAGUCCGUGUGGAAUACUACGUGAACGAGAAUACUUUCAAAGAAAGACUGCAACUUUAUUUUAUAAAAAAUCAACGAUCGAGUUUACGCAUUAGAAUAGCGAACUUAUUUUUCAAACUAUUGGCCUGCGUGCUAUACAUAUGUCGUGUAUGUGCUGAUGGAGAUCCUAUUUCUGCAUCAUGUUAUGGAUGUAGACCGGGAAAUAAGACUGAAUUUGAAUAUUCGGCAAACUUGACGGAGGAGGAAUUUCAAGAGCAUCCAAUAAUCAACUGGGACGGAAUAAUAUGGGUCAACAGGCCGCUGUACUUGUGGAUAGUGCAAGUCAUCUUAGCCAUGAUAUCGUUCACAGAAGCUAUACUUCUUGCUUAUUUAGGAUACAAGGGAAAUAUCUGGCAGCAAGUGUUAUCAUUUCACUUUAUCUUGGAAAUGGUGAAUACUAUCCCAUUCGCAUUGACUCUGCCCUUUCCACCGCUACGAAAUCUGUUCAUACCGGUAUUCUUAAACUGCUGGCUAGCAAAAAGAUCACUGGAAAAUAUGUUUAAUGACCUUCACCGCGCCAUGCAAAAGUCGCAAUCAGCGUUAUCACAACAAUUAAUGAUACUGUGUGUUACAUUGCUAUGCCUCGUUUUCACAAGUGUUUGCGGCAUUCAGCACUUCCAGAGAGCCGGCCACCGACACCUAAAUCUAUUUCAAGCUACAUAUUUCGUCGUGGUCACAUUUUCAACCGUGGGCUAUGGAGACUUCGUGCCGGAUAUUUGGCCCUCGCAACUUUUCAUGGUGAUAAUGAUUGGCGUCGCGCUAGUCGUUUUACCGACACAGUUCGAGCAAUUAGCAUUCACGUGGAUGGAAAGACAGAAAUUGGGAGGAUCGUACUCAUCGCACCGAGCCCAGUCGGAGAAGCACGUGGUUGUAUGCUCUACUACUCUGCACGCUGACACUAUCAUGGAUUUCCUUAACGAAUUUUACGCUCACCCAUUGCUGCAAGACUACUACGUGGUCCUUCUAUCGCCAAUGGAACUUGAUACUACCAUGCGAAUGAUAUUGCAGGUGCCUAUUUGGGCGCAGAGGGUCAUCUACAUUCAAGGAUCGUGCCUAAAGGAUACAGAUUUGAUCCGAGCACGCAUGAAUGAAGCCGAAGCAUGCUUUGUUUUGGCGGCUAGGAACUACGCGGAUAAGACGGCAGCUGAUGAACACACUAUCCUAAGAUCAUGGGCUGUGAAGGAUUUCGCACCCGAUGUACCCCAGUACGUGCAGAUAUUUAGACCUGAAAACAAAUUGCAUGUCAAAUUCGCCGAGUUCGUGGUCUGUGAAGAUGAGUUCAAGUAUGCGUUGCUUGCGAACAAUUGCACAUGCCCUGGCGCCUCUACCUUGGUAACGCUGCUUCUACACACUAGCAGAGGACAAGAAGGCCAACAAUCGCCGGAGGAGUGGCAUCGGCUUUACGGAAAAUGCUCCGGAAAUGAGAUAUAUCACAUCGUUUUAGGGGACAGUCGAUUCUUUGGAGAAUACGAAGGAAAAAGCUUCACUUACGCUAGUUUUCAUUCCCACAGGAAGUAUGGCGUGGCGUUAGUUGGUGUACGCCCAGCUGAAUUGCCAGAAUUUUACGAGGACACAAUAUUACUGAACCCUGGACCUCGACACAUCAUGAAAAGUAGCGACACCUGCUACUACAUGAGUAUAACAAAAGAGGAAAACUCAGCUUUUGUUGUUUCCGAGAAACAAACGGAAAACAGACCGACUAUUCCCAAAGAUCAAACGACAUGUAGCCUUCUUUCGAACGAGAAGAAGCCAGUCGAUGAAGAGGAGGGCUCUGGCCAGCAGAAAAAACCAGACGGUAGUAGCGUCGCUCAAUACGAACUCCCACAAGUGAUUCUCCAAGCUCCCGCGAGUUCCACACCAAACGCAUCGCCAUCACGCAUCAAUCAAGCUAAUACCGUAUCAUCCGCUAAUUUUACUGUCGCUAGCUCUAAACUUGGCGAAGGCACUUCCACGUCAGACUCUAGGACUUGUUUGAAGGAUUCGCCGGGCACUGACAGUGCCACUGACAGCCAUUUGUUGUUGCCAAAGCCUGACAAUUCCAAUUUUCUGAGUCCAGACGCUUUGAACUUCAGGAGAGGUAGCAGGAGGCCGUCAAUUUUGCCAGUUCCUGACAUGGUGACGAGCAGUCUCAAUAACAUCCCCUCUGACAAUCAAGAUGAGGGUGCGGAUCACGAAGACGAAAGCGAGGACGAACUGGAGGACGAUGUCCCAUGGAGGUCUCCCUCAGAGAAAAUUGCGAUCGUGAAAGGAUUUCCGCCAGUAUCACCAUUUAUUGGAGUGAGUCCGACGCUGUGCUACCUGUUGAAGGAGAAGAAACCGCUUUGCUGCUUGCAGCUGGCUCAAGUUUGUGAGCACUGUGCAUACCGAAACGCAAAAGAGUACCAAUGGCAAAACAAAACGAUUAUACUCGCAGCGGACUACGCUUCCAAUGGGAUUUACAACUUUAUAAUUCCACUGCGAGCGCACUUUCGCUCCAAGACUUCGUUAAAUCCUAUCAUUCUAUUAUUGGAAAGGCGGCCCGAUAUAGCAUUCUUGGACGCCAUUUCUUACUUCCCUCUGGUAUAUUGGAUGUUGGGAUCUAUUGAUUGCUUAGACGACCUAUUACGUGCCGGCAUCACCUUGGCUGAGAACGUCGUUGUGGUGAAUAAGGAACUAUCGAACUCCGCCGAAGAAGACAGCCUCGCUGAUUGCAACACCAUCGUAGCUGUUCAGACCAUGUUCAAAUUCUUCCCAUCGAUCAAAUCCAUAACAGAAUUGUCACAAUCAUCAAACAUGCGAUUUAUGCAAUUUCGGGCUCACGACAAAUACGCGUUACACCUCUCAAAAAUGGAAAAGAACAUUUAUAUUUUACAGCGUGAAAAAGAACGAGGAUCACAUAUCUCUUACAUGUUUCGACUGCCGUUCGCGGCCGGCUCGGUCUUUUCUGCCUCAAUGUUGGACACGUUGCUGUACCAAGCAUUUGUAAAGGAUUAUGUCAUAACAUUCGUUCGACUCUUGCUGGGAGUAGACCAAGCGCCGGGAUCAGGGUUUCUUACUUCGAUGAAAAUUACGAAGGAAGACAUGUGGAUCCGUACAUACGGUCGGCUGUAUCAAAAAUUGUGUUCUACGACCUGCGAAAUCCCAAUAGGGAUCUAUCGUACUCAGGACACUAGUCUCACUGAUCCCUCUCACCACGUGAGUAUGUCGCCACGGACCCCAUCAAACUGGUUUUGGUCACGCCUCGCGAGAAUGCGACCAUCGCGUGCCUCGUUGCAGCAGGAGGAUGGCGAGGGCGGAGGUUUGGGGGCGUGCGGGCGCCGGGAGGCCACUAGCUGCCUCGGCGGCUGCUACGGGGAACGCACGCCGGCGUAUUCUACUAGUCUCGCCGACGAAGCUAGAGAUAACCAUGCUCAGCAGAUUGAAAGGGCAGAAAUAGCAAACUUAGUCCGAUCAAGGAUGGAGUCAUUGAAUCUAACUGGAAUAGAUUAUGAUGACGUAAGCGAAAAACGAAACAGUCUUUCGUACGUCAUAAUAAACCCUAGCUGCGAUUUGAAUUUGCAAGAAGGCGAUAUAAUAUACUUGGUCCGGCCGUCCCCGUUCUCAGCGCAAAAAACCUUCGAGCGACACAACAGCAGGCGCAAGUCAAACAUCAGCUUCUGUUCCCAAGCUCUGAUACAAGCGCAAGGAGUGGCCAGCAGGAGGGGCUCCGGGAUGGGCGCGAGCUUCAACCAACCUCGUGCUCCGCCCUUGUCCACUCAAAAGGCAAACUCUUUGUCUCUCCCUGAUAGUCCAACAAUCAUUACCGACUUUCGCGGACGUUCAAAUUCGCUGCGUGUAGUUGAUGACAUUCUUCUCCGCCGCUCCAAUUCCUUGCGUCAAGGACUGAGCGGGGCUGGCUCGCGACGCAGGAAAAGCAGCCUUGAGGAAAUUGGAAUUUCACAUUUUAACUCACUUUUACAACAUCAACAACAGCAGCAGCAACAGAAUGCAAAUGCCAUAAAAAUUGCACUGAACGGCAGUAUUGGCUUGGAAGUGACGCCGCCAGAGGAGAUGCCGGAGCGCCUGCCAGGCCCCAGCAUGCCUCUCGGCGGCUACCAGGAGAUGGCCGCCGCGCUGCCGUCGACGUCUGUCGGCCCGUCCCUGCCGCCAGCUGCGACCCCCGACCCCCAGCAUCUGCAGGGGACUAUUGUAUGAUACCACCUUAUGUGGGGACGUCGACUUAGCUCCGUGGUGAGGAACAAAUGGACGUAGAUUUAAACCCAUGCUCGUUUAUGUCGAUCUCGAUCUCCUCUGUAUCCGUUAGUAGGUACACUCGUCCAUUGAUCUUCGGAGUAUAUCAAACUCGUAGCGUCUCUACGUUUAGAAGUAGUAUAAGUAGAUAUUAUUGUACAUUUUCUUAAAUUAAUAUGUAAAUUAAUACCUUUUAAACAUGAUUAGUGGUGUAGACUGGUGGUAAAGGAGCUGUGUAAUGUAAGCGGGAUCAACUAGUUUCUACUUAAAGGGGAUAAUUGUCAGCAGAAAGCUGAUUGUAAAUAUUAAAGCUUUAUUUCCUAUAUGAAUACAUGAAUUGUAUUGUAUAUAAUGGAAUGGUUUUAACAAAAUUAAAUGUAAGUAUACAUAUUAAUAGAAACUUAACGCCAGAGAUGCAAUUUUCUAAAGUUGUUGACCAAACGGACAGAACUACAUGUAAUCACGUUAUCAAUUGAUUCCAGUAUAGAUUCUACUACAGACAUUCUUACGUAUAUCAUUAGAUUU